UCUGACUUCUUCCCUCGAGACACGACCUUGAUGUGUACCAAUGCAUGGCGCUCUCUGGAAUCAGUCUUGUCUGGCGACACCGCAUCGCAAAAGCACUUUCACCAACACCGCAUAACCCAGAUUCAAAAAGUGUCUUGAGAUCCCAUCCUGCCACCCACAACCGCCCUGCUGCCCACGACAAGCCAAGCCAACCAUUCCACAAAACAUCAUGAACAACGAGACUACGCCACCAUCCCCAUCACCGCCGCCCAAAUCCUCAAGACCCCGAGAAGCCAUCUGUACAAACGAUGCCCUCACACCACCCUCCUCCAACCAUCAAAAUCACCCUCCCGCCAGACGCUCAACUCGCCAAUCUCCAACAUGUCCCCACCACAUCACCCGUAACCAUAUUCUCUCUAUGUCGCGACCUAUCGCCCGGCGAAACGCUGGCGAUUCAUCUUCCCAACACAGAAGGAAAACAGAAUAAAGAUUUUGUGGCUUUGUUUCAUUUAUUGGGGACUCUGACAUCUGUGGGUGGAGAGGUUUUUAUUGUGGAAGUGGAAGUGGAUGUGGAGGGGUUAGUAAGGGAAAAGGGGAGGAGGGUGGGGAGUAAGGAUAAGGUUGGUGUCAAAGAGCUUUGUCGUGAUACAGAAAAGGGAGAAGUAGUAGGCGUAUAUAGGGAUAGGACUAGAAGAGAAUGUAAGGAGGAUUUUGUAGGCGUUUUCUACAUGUUUUAAUAAGCAGGGAUUUUAGAGCAUAGGUUCUACAAGCUAUAAUUUAAGAAGAAUGCGUAAGAUGG